AUCUUGAGAUGGCGCGGGAGCUCCAGCCUCCCCACCCGCCAGCCAGUAAGCACAUCCCGCGAGAGGAGGCCAGGAGGAAAAAGAGGGGUGGCUACGGCAAAAAGUGCGGGGGUGAGGGGGUUAAACUGAGUGGAGGGCAGGGGGAAAGGGAGAGAAGGGCAGGGGGAAAGGGAGAAGAGGGCAGGAGGAAAUGGAGAGGAGGGCAGGGGGAAAGGGAGAGGAUGGGAGGGGGAAAGGGAGAGGAGGGCAUGGGGAAAGGGAGAGAAGGGCAGGGGGAAAGGGAGAGGAGGGCAGGGGGAAAGGGAGAGAAGGGCAGGGGGAAAGGGAGAGGAGGGGAGGGGGAAAGGGAGAGGAGGGCAGGGGGAAGGGGAGAGGAGGGCAGGGAAAAAUGGAGAGGAGGGCAGGGGGAAAUGAAGAGGAGGGCAGGGGGAAAGGGAGAGUGGGGCAGGGGGAAAGGGAGAGAAGGGCAGGGGGAAAGGGAGAGGAAGGCAGGGGGAAAGGGAGAGGAGGGCAGGGGGAAGGGGAGAGGAUGGCAGGGGCAAAGGGAGAGGAGGGCAGGGGGAAAGGGAGAGAAGGGCAGGGGGAAAGGGAGAGAAGGGCAGGGGGAAAGGGAGAGAAGGGCAGGGGGGAAAGGGAGAGAAGGGCAGGGGGAAAGGGAGAAGAGGGCAGAAGGAAAUGGAGAGGAGGGCAGGGGGAAAGGGAGAGGAGGGGAGGGGGAAAGGGAGAGGAGGGCACAGGGAAAGGGAGAGAAGGGCAGGGGGAAAGGGAGAGGAGGGCAGGGGGAAAGGGAGAGAAGGGCAGGGGGAAAGGGAGAGGAGGGCAGGGGGAAGGGGAGAGGAGGGCAGGGAGACAUGGAGAGGAGGGCAGGGGGAAAUGGAGAGGAGGGCAGGGGGAAAGGGAGAGGAGGGCAGGGGGAAAGGGAGAGGAGGGCAGGGGGAAGGGGAGAGGAGGGAAGGGAGAAAUGGAGAGGAGGGCAGGGAGAAAGGGAGAGAAGGGCAGGGGGAAAGAGAGAGGAGGGCAGGGGGAAAGGGAGAGAAGGGCAGGGAGAAAGGGAGAGGAGGGCAGGGGGAAAGGGAGAGAAGGGCAGGGGGAAAGGGAGAAGAGGGCAGGAGGAAAUGGAGAGGAGGGCAGGGGGAAAGGGAGAGGAGGGCAGGGGGAAAGCGAGAGGAGGGCAGGGGGAAGGGGAGAGGAGGGGAGGGAGAAAUGGAGAGGAGGGCAGGGGGAAAUGGAGAGGAUGGCAGGGGGAAAAGGAGAGGGGGGCAGCGGAAAAGGGAGAGGGGGGCAGGGAGAAAGGGAGAGCAGGGCGGGGGGAAAGGGAGAGAAGGGCAGGGGGAAAGGGAGAGGAGGGCAGGGGGGAAUGGGAGAGGAGGGCAUGGGCAAAGGGAGAGGAGGGCAGGGGUAAGGGGAGAGGAUGGCAGGGAGAAAGGGAGAGGAGGGCAGGGAGAAAAGGAGAGAAGGGCAGGGGGAAAGGGAGAGAAGGGCAGGGGGAAAGGGAGAAGAGGGAAGGAGGAAAUGGAGAGGAGGGCAGGGGGAAGGGGAGAGGAGGGCAGGGGGAAAGGGAGAGGAGGGCAGGGGGAAGGGGAGAGGAGGGCAGGGAGAAAUGGAGAGGAGGGCACGGGGAAAUGGAGAGGAUGGCAGGGGAAAAGGGAGAGGGGGGCAGGGGAAAAGGGAGAGGGGGCAGGGAGAAAGGGAAAGCAGGGCAGGGGGAAAGGGAGAGGAGAGCAGGGGGGAAGGGAUUGGAGGGCAGGGGGAAAGGGAGAGAAGGGCAGGGGGGAAGGGAAAGGAGGGCAGGGAGAAAUGGACAGGAUGGCAGUGGGAAAGGGAGACCAGGGCGGGGGGAAAGGGAGAGAAGGGCAGGGGGAAAGGGAGAGGAGGGCAGGGGAAAAGGAAGCGGAGGUCAGGGGGAAAUGGAGAGGAUGGCAGGGGGAAAGGGAGAGGGGGGCACGGGGAAAGGUAGAGAAGGGCAGGGGGAAAGGGAGAGAAGGGCAGGGGGAAAGGGAGAGAAGGGGAGGGGGAAAGGGAGAGGAGGGCAGGGGGAAAGGGAGAGGAGGGCAGGGGGAAAGGGAGAGAAGGGCAGGGGGAAAGGGAGAGAAGGGCAGGGGGGAAAGGGAGAGGAGGGUUUAGGUGGAAAGGGAGAAGAGGGCACGGGGAAAGGGAGAGAAGGGCAGGGGGAAAGGAGGGGAGGGCAGGGGGAAAGGGAGAGGAGGGCAGAGGGAAAGGGAGAGGAGGGCAGGGGGGAAAGGGAGAGAAUGGCAGGGGGAAAGGGAGAGGAGGGCAGGGGGAAAUGGAGAGGAGGGCGGGGGGAAGGGGAGAGGAUGGCAGGGAGAAAGGGAGUGGAGGGUAGGGGGAAAGGGAGAGGAGGGCAGGGGGAAGAGAGUGGAGGGCAGGGGAAAAGGGAGAGGAGGGCAGGGGGGACGGGAGUGGAGGGCAGGGGGGAAAGAGAGAGAAGGGCAUGGGGAAAGGGAGAAGAGGGCAGGGGGAAAGGGAGAAGAGGGCAGGGGGAAAGGGAGAGGAGGGGAGGGGGAAAGGGAGAGGAGGGCAGGGGGAAGGGGAGAGGAGGGCAGGGAGAAAUGGAGAGGAGGGCAGGGGGGAAGGCAGAGAAGGGCAGGGGGAAAGGGAGAGGGGGGCAGGGGAAAAGGGAGAGGGGGGCAGGGAGGAAGGGAGUGGAGGGCAGGGGGGGAGGGAGAGGAGGGCAGGCGGAUAGGCAACAAAAAUUAUAUGGAGAAAGAGAUGGAAAGAAUUGAAACCCAAGGUUGUCAGCUCCCGCAU